AUGGCAGCUUAUACUGGGAACUCGGACCCAAGCGAUCACCUGUCACAGUUCAACCGAGUCAUGACAGUCAUGAGAGUCAGCAAUGACGGGUCCGUGGAAGAAUGGUUCAAGAAACUGGAGCCAGGAUCCGUGGACUACUGGAAUAAGCUGCAAACCAGCAUCCGGAGACAGUUUGUCGUCGCAAGGAAAGCUAAUCUGGAGGUCAGCGCCUUGACUAACAUCAAGCAGCUGCCUACGGAGACAUUGAAGAAUUUCAUAAAGAGGUUUAAGGAAGAAGCCUCAAAGACCAAGAAAGUCAAUGAUGGACAACAACUUGCUCUUCUUCAAGCAGGCAUCCGUACAGGGACUUCGUUGUGGAACGAGUUACAUCAGGGCCAGGCCUUAUCCCCUGCAUCUUCUCAUUUUGGGAACCCUUCUGGGAUAAGUGGACAAGUCCCGUCUCACUCCGCUCCGACCGCAAGCUUAGCAGGUCCCUCUCAAGGCUCUCGGAGCAAGAGGUCCUCAAAAGGCAGCAACCGGACAGGGGAUAAGCGGCAGAAAAGGGGGUACACUCCUCAGUACACCCAGUACAUGGAGUUAAUGGACUCCCAGGAGCGUGCGUAUUUCGCUACUAGGCAAAAUACGCACUACCGGAGACCGCCUCCUCUGUACAGGGAUAGCUCCCGGAGGGAUCCCAACAAAAGGUGCGAGUACCACAAUGACAAUUGA